UUCAAAUUUAAUACUUUCAAAGGGCAGUGAAAACUGAAGACCCACAACUCCCCAAAAUGAAAAGGAAAAGAAGAAAAGCCUAUAGAAAAUGGAGAAUCCUGAAUACUACCAUAUGCACAUCUCAGCCUGCUGGUCAAGCAUGCCAAGAAAAUAUAAAAGAUCUUGAAAAGGAAGUCAAAGGAGACACCUUGGAGGCUGUGUUUCAUCAGACUGGGACAUUAGGGAAAUCUAAGGAAAAUGGAGAUGAACAGACAUCUGCUUCUAUGAAUGGAAAGCAGAAUUCCUCUUUUCUCCCCAAAGAUAAGAAACAACAUCCAUCUGACAGCAAAGUACGUAGUGGGAAGGAAAAUGAUGAUCCUCCUUCAACUAUCUCUCAUCAACCAAAGAAAAUCUUACCAGUGGUCAUAUUUAAUGACUGUGAAGAAUCAUUAUCAGGAAAAAUUACACUACAGGAUUUCCCAAGCACAGCAGAAGCCUCUAAACCAGCAAAAGGCAAAUAUACUACAGAAGUGAAAUGCGGGGCUUUCCAUGUGAAAGUAGAAAUCAAGAAAAGCUUUUUCUGUAAAACAGGAAUGCAGUUCCCAACAAAAACGAGAUGUUCAAACUGUCACCAGCGUUUCUCUGUCAGACACAAUCAGAGAUGCUACGCUUCUGGGAAUUACUUUCCCAAAUACAAGAAUAUAUCAGUGAAAGAACCAAAACCGGAGGUGCCAUCUAAAUAUCAAGGAGAAAUCACCAGAACUGAUAGCCCCUUGCUGAAAGUAAGCAUUGCGGGAAAAGAAAUUAAAGUUAAAUACACGAGUAAGAAACAGAAUAUAUUAAUUAAUAUAACUCAUCCUAAAAGAAAAGAAAAGAUAACUAAAUACAGAGACGUUUCCUCCAAUCACACCACUAAAGAAUCUUCCAGGUCUCUUUCACAGUCUGGUGCUAGGCACCCUGAAAACAGGCAGCUUGAAAACAAGCAUCAGAGCUCAGACUGUAUGCAUGUCUCUCCUCCUAUUGUGCUUCCUGUCCAGAAGGAGAAGAAUGUUGAUACGGUUGUGGUUUCUCUAACCGCAACUCCAGAGAGAGAGAAAAAUAACCCUGACACAUUACCUUCAGUCCUAGAUGACUGUGAAGUAGGAUCUGCCAUCUCUCAGCAGAAGGUCUUGAAAAUGAGUCAGGACGCCCCCCAAAUGAACCAUUUCUCUGAGGCUGAGACCUUUCUCAAAACCAUUCUUUCUACUUCACAAAAUACCCUAAAGACCACAAGUUUAAGUAAUACAGAUUUAACGAAAAUGCCUUUUGAGAAUCCUAAGGAUAUCUAUAAAGAGAGAAAAAUGAACUUUGAUAUCUUGGAAAAUAUCACAUCAGACUCACACAUACAACAAAGCACAGAAAGAAUAAAUAAUUUGCCAAGUACUAUUACCGACAUCUUUCCAUUUCAAAAUGGCAAAGACUCCAACUUUUGUUCUUUGUCUUCUCUGAAUAUGCAGCUUGUAGGAGAAAAAGCAGCCAACGUCUAUUGUGAAGGCAGCCAAACUUCACCUGCAGAAUGCUGUGAGGACUCAAAUUCUCUGUCUUUUGCUUCCAGUCAAAAUGCUCUACAGCCUUGCACCUCAUUCAGUCCAUCUCACUGGGCCACCAGGUAUUCAGAUCCUAAAGAAAUUCCUGGGGACACAGUUUCCUUUAAUCACUGUACCACAGUUUCCUUUAAUCACUGUACCGAAUCUGUGCUAGAUUAUGAGAAGGAGCAUGUUGAUGUGACUGACAGAGACUUUAACAAAGCCAUUGUACACAGUGACUCUCAUGCAAAUGCACAGCAACUAUUGGAAAGGAAAAGUACAGAGUGUCCAACUUUCAGGCCUGCACCCUGCAGCAGCCCAGCUGCUGGGAGUCCACAUGACAGUAUUAGCCCCAGCACCGUGGAAUGGAAUCAAACAGAGUCCCAGGCAAGUCAUUCAGAGACAGCAGCCCCCAGCAAAGCGAAAGCACCUGGCAUGACCUUCAUAACUGAUGAGUUAGAGCAGAGAUUAAUUACUCAAAAUGAUAAAGAAGUCACAGCUGAUUCUAAUUGUCCCAUGGGAAAAAGAAACCCUAAAGAGUUACCCAGAUCUCUGGAAAAUGUUGAAAAAGACAAAUGUCAGAUAAUACCAUUGGUAGCAAAUGGAAGCCACAGAGAUUUUGAAGACCUAUCAAAUGAGAAUCAUGAUGAAGUGUUUUUUCAAAUGGAUUUUUCACUGAACACUGCUGAGUCCAACUGGGCAGUGUCUGCUACAGAUAACCUGUUUCUUACUGAGAAAAUACUGUCCAAUGAUGUAGACCAAUAUGGUUGCCAAGAUAAGAAAAGCUUUAGACUAACUGGUUUUAAACAGGAGCCAGAAGAGUACCCAAGGACUACCUCAACAAUGGUGAAUUCUGAAGGAGAUGAGAGCAAAAAUGACUCAAAGGAAAAUUACUAUCACCAAAUAGAGGUAUUUCUGUCUCCUCAGAAGCAAAAGACUUUAAAAGAUUGGAAUUUGGAAAUAAAUAAUCUCCGAAAGUUAUCUCAGGAGUUGGCUCCAAGAGGUGCAAGAGCCAGUGAUGGUUCCCAGGAAGAAGCAAUAGACCAGUGGGCCAGGAGAAGGCAGCAAUUCAGAGAUGGCAAGAGAUACAGCUCAGCAGGGGAGAGUUCAUUUGCCAGCAAUAUCACCGAAGGAUCCAUCACCUCAGAAGAUGGCCGUUCUGUGGAUUUCGGCUUUCGAGUUGAUAUUGAGGAAAAAGGAUUCUACACAGAAAAUUUUCAUUCGGCAGCAUGGGUUUUCCGAGGGGAUGAUGGGAAUCCUGAGGACAGUCCCAGAUGUCUCAGUAAAAAACCUCGACCAGUAGCUGGUAAGAACUCUACAAUUAUGUGUAAAAGACCAUGCUUCGGGAUGCAAGUAACCUUGGAAAGCAUUUUCUGCAUCCUUCUGGUUGUGGAAGCAUUCUCCCUACACAAAGUUGUCGAGAUGCUUGAAGAAGUGGUAUCGGUUGGCGAGAGAAGUCAGGUGAAUAUGGCAGAUAAGGCAAAACUUCAUAGCCCAAUUUGUUCAACUUUUGAAGCGUUGGUUGUGCAACAUGUGGUCAGGUGUUGUCGUCAAGAAAAACCGGAUCCUUUCAGUUGA